AAGCUAGAAGUUGCAAUGCACAAAGUGGGCAGGAUAUGGUUUUACUGGCUGGAGCAAUUAAGGGCUGGAUCCCCCCAAGCGGAACAGUCAUAUCCGUGCCUCCAAGAGAAGCGAUGUGUGAGUAUGCCCAGUGUCUCCCUGACAUCGUCCACCACCCACACCAUCACCCACAGAUCCAGGCUCCUUCGUCUGCAGGACAGACGAUUCCGCCACAGGUUUUCACAGCUGCCGGAAGAUGAGAAACUCCUCAACUAUUUUUCAUGUGCCCUUGUCUCUGACAUUCUUCUUCAAGGUCACUUAUUCAUCACUAAAAACCACUUUGCCUUUUACUCCAAUAUUUUCGGACAUAAAACACAGAUCCUGAUACCUGUUGCGGAUGUGGUGAAAGUAACCAAAGAAAAAAUCGCCAAAAUCAUUCCAAAUGCAGUUGGAGUGUACACAGAAUCUGAUAAAUAUGUCUUCGGGUCUAUGCUGUCGAGAGAUACCGCUUUCCGUGUCAUACAACAGACCUGGAUUCUUUCCACGGAUCCGGGUUUAGGCUUACCCGAUGACAGUGAUAGUGAGGUAUCUCCUGCUAUCAUGCUGCUAGCAGACGAAGAUUCUUCUGUAAGCAGUGGUAUAUCAGGCAACCUUAUGUCCGACGAAGUGCCUGUGACCAGCUCAGAGAAGACCCCCACGCCGGAAGUGGGGGAUUCUCUGAAAUCCAGAAUCACAGAGUCACCCUCGAUUCCACCCCCAAGAAACCCCCCAGCAGCACUUGCCAAGCAACGCAUCAGCAUCUCCAGGUGCAGCUUAGACUUCGCAAAAGGUUACAUGAUCAAAAUAGAUGAAAUUAUUAAAGAAUUAUCACAACUAUCUCGGACCUCCCUCCUUUUCGUAAUGUCUACACUUCUCCUUGUUAUUCUUUUUAUUUCCACCACAGUUCUUCUAUACAGAAUACAUUUACUUCACCAAAAGCUUUUAGUUCAAGACGAACUACAAUUAGGCAUUCCAAGCUUCGAAAGAAUUCCAGAUCUCCUUCCAACAGACUUUUCUAAUGUAGUGAAAAACUUAGAAGAACGGAUACAAAGCUUAUCUGAAGUUCGAACAACUUUAGAGAAACUUCUGAUAAUGACGAACAAUGCUCAUCAAGUGCCUCGGUCCAUUCCUCAGCAUGUCACAUGAAGCUGAAGAAGAGCAAAGCACCGACAGUGAUAGCGAAGCUUGGCAAGAAGUACAACCGAGUUUCCAAGGGCGAUGUUUUACCCUCGAGACCGAAGAAAAUGCCUUUACUCAAUGCAAAUAUGACUUUUGUGAAACCCUUUUUUCGAACUCUUUCAAGAACUUACACGAGCCAGAUUUGGAAGGCCAUAGUUUGCAAUUGCACCACAGAAAAGCGGGACUUCAAUGUGGAUGUGUGUUAGAAAUUGUUUUGCCUUAUGUUUAGUAUUUGUUUGAAUAUUUGGAAUAGUUUAAUUUAAAGAACGUUUUUCCAUUAAAAAGGAUAUGUUUGAGUUAUAA